AAUGAUGUCGUAAACAGGAACUAAAACUUACGAGCAGCUUCUUUCGCCCCGCGCACCCCCAUUUGAGCUGCUGCUUGUUGCUUCUUCAUCGACUGCAUGGAGCAUGUGUAACGGCGGAUGCUGUACUGUGUAGGCCAUUGGUAGGGUCGAUUUGGACUGGACAUGAUGACUACUCCGCGUCGCAAGGCGUGCGUCGAGUGCCGCCAACAAAAGAUCCGCUGUGACGUUGAGCAGCAUAAGACGCCUCACGAGGCCUGCAGUCGCUGCAAGAAGAUGAAUCUGGAGUGCAGGAUCCUGCCUACGUCGACCCGCAACUUGCGCCAGACCAAGGCGGAGAUGCGGCGCGAGCUGGAAGAGUUGAGAUGGAAUAUGCGCCAGGGUACUGAUGGCGCUCAUCCUCAUUCGACUCCUUCGAAUGUCGAAGGGCAGACUUUCAGUCCGUUGGAGCCUGGCUCUGGGACCUUCUCGCAUCCAUCUGUGCCGCCGACGGAUGCAUCCACGUCCCUUUCUCCUGCCUUCGAAAGUGGUCAUUCGAGAGUGGGUUCGAGGAAAGGGUCGCCUCAGGGUGCUACGCUCCCACGCAUCCUAGACGGUUAUGUGGUCGAGGCGAAGAGGAUCGAUGACUGCUUCACUUUGUUUUUCACGCAAUAUCGCCCCCUACUUCCAAUCCUAGACUCGUCGAUGACGCCGAACGAGUACUACGAGCUCUCCCCUUUCCUCUUUUGGAGUAUCAUCGUUACGGGGUCAAGGAAGUACUCCGAUGAUCCGGCAAUUCUCGACAAGACUAGCCAACUGAUUACGCCACUGGCCUUCUCUUCCAUGGCUCUUCGCUCGACUCCGAUUCCGGUUAUCCAGGGUCUGCUCAUCCUGUGUACGUGGCGGCUGCCGACAAACUCCAUGUACAAGGAUAUGACCCACGUCCUAUGCGGUGCUGCGGUCCAUCUAGCGACGCAGAUCGGGCUUCAUGUCACCGGUGUCGGGCAGGACUUUGCGAGAAUCCCGCUCAAGAAAGACCAAGACGAGAAGAUUUUCCGAGCCAAGUUGUGGAUGCACUGCGUUAUCGUCUCGAUACGGACGAGCUGUGCGGAAGGUAUACCACCUCUCGUCGUCGCAGAGUCGUUCUUCCAUGGAGAUGAGCGAGAUCGAGAGGAUACCCUUGCAUACCUACCCCCUGGCCUACAGUUCCAACACAAAGUGCACAUAAUCCUCCUGAAAGCUAUGGCGGCAAUGGUCAGAACGGAUCUGAAUUCGGUAAACUGCGACGUCAGAGUGCUUCGUUCACUGAUCAGCGUUUUCGACUCCCAGCUGCUCAGCUUGGCGGCAUCCUCACCGUCCGAACUCGAUACCUUUCAACUGAACUGCGUUCGCAUCCACGUCUUGGCGUACCAUUUCUUCGCUCACCCGACGAAUCCUGGCCCGGACGUAGAGGACCUGAUUCGUCUUUAUUCCCUGUGCAUUUCCACAAUCCAGGCGGCCAAUGCGAUAACCCAGCAGACAAAUUCCGCUACCAUAUCCCAAUCUUUCAUCGACAGGACCAUGGCGUUGGCGGGUUUCGUCAUCCUGAAGCUCACUCGAAGUCCUCUUGCGCAGCACCUAGACCUUGCGGCCGGAGAGCGAGCAUACUUCUACGCCGUGCAGUUCAACAAUAAUGCUUCUGUCCAAGCCGGUGAUAUUGGUUCAAGAUGCGCGCAAAUCAUGACGAACCUCUGGAACAGCUCGAAGGUAUUCCGUAGGAAGAACGGUGCUAUUGAGUCGUUAGGGCUGAGGCUGCGGAGACGUCUAAGUAUGAGCGUCAGCUUCGACAUGUUUUGGUAUUGGAGGGAGGAGUUCGCACACUUAACGAACCCGUACAGUGCCGAAGAUUCGGGGCCAUCUAACGCGCAGACGCAGCCUACAACACCAGUCUACGAAAAGGAAGUCAAGGAAGUAACAAGACCCACAGGGCUGCCAUUGGCACAGGCACCUGCGCCGGUAACCAAGUUCCAGUCCAAUACGAUGAAUCAAAUACAGCCGAAUCCAGCGACAAUGAGUUUUGAUACCUGGGAUGGGUCGGAGUAUAACGUUCCUCCGAUGCUAGAACAGUUUCCGGACUAUGAUUGGGCGGCAGGCUUUGACUUUUCGAAUGAAUGGCCGAAUGUUCCUAUGCCGCCGAUCGCAGGUCCGGCUGGGACGGGGUAUAACUUCGGAGUGAACGGAUGAUGGAAUCCACGAGAACUUCCAUCUAUGAAGCGGAGAUGAAUAACCCGCCGCUGGUGGAUGCCAUCAAAGCCGCAGCAGAGGUUUCGCGCUUGAGAGCCGGAAGUAUGCUUCCGCAAUAUCCCUACCGUUGCCCUCCCCUCAGCUGGCGGCCUCGCCGCGCUAUCCGGGACGCGCCUCACACCCGCACUCCCAUUGUCAGAGGUCCGUACGGCUAGCCUCUAUAUGCAGUCGACAGCGAUGCGCCUAUUCCACUAGCUAGGAGGGCCAUAAUAGCUUCGGGAUUCCACGGACG